AUGUCGUCGUCUUCACGGACUCUCCUCCUUGGAGCAUUUCUCCAAAGUGUCGCAGGAAUGGAUCUCGCCCACGCAGCUCAGAGAAAUCACGCACGCGACGUACCGAUAGCAACAACCACGCCAGCGCCGUAUGCCUUCAUCGAUGAACUCAACCUUUUCGCGGGCCAUGGUGGAUUACAAGUACGACAGGAAGCUACAACGACUUCGAAGCUUGUAGUUACCAUCGCUCCCAGUAACACAUGCGGAUACUUGUCUGGUAUGCCAGGCGUGGCCAUUACCUGCAAAAAUCUUAGCACCUGUUCAUGGGCGACUGUUAGUACUUCGGGUAUCACUUCAGGUCUUGUCGGUUGUGAUUCAGAGAUCUACAUCACCUGCCUCGAGUCUUCCAAGGCAGUCGAUCCAGGCGCAUGUGAUGAUGUCUGUGAGAGUAACACCUUUUACCUUCGCUGUACCAAUUCUAAAGAGCCAUAUUGUCGCACAUAUGCCUACCCCAGUGGUAUCCGCGACUAUCGAUGCGCAUCCACCCCCGUCAAGUCAGUCCAAUCAGUCAAAUUCACCUACGAGGGAGAAGAGAAACCCAGUUUCCGUACUACAACUAUCGGCGGUGCAUCAUCGGAGUCUUUGCCAGCCAUCACCGAACCUAGUACCACCACAUCCCGUGAGCCAAGUGAGACGGAGACAUCCACAACAACAACAUCCGUUGUUCCUGCGCCUACUGAAAAGAGCAAGUCAGCACCUAUCGGUGCCAUCGUCGGAGGUGCAGUUGGUGGUCUCGCUCUUAUUGGCAUCAUUGGUAUUAUUGUUUUCUUCAUCUUGCGCCGACGUAAACCUAAACCCGCUGCCAAUCCAGCACCAGCUCAACCGGUCAUGACUCAACAACAAAACCCUCCUGCCCCUCCCAUGAACCCAAAUCAAUACCCACAACAACAGCAUUAUCCACCGGUUGUAUCGUCCUACCCCGACCAUAGUAUGGCGGCAUCUCCUGCACCGUCAGAUCCUCAUAUGUCAAUGAUGAGUGGGCCAGUGUCUAGCAUUGGACCAGCUUCGCCAACGGGAUGGAAUCAACACCCAUCUCCUCCCCCAUUUCAUACUCCUGCCCCAGCUUAUGAGAUGCCUGGUCCUGAGGCUCGUGAACAGGAACCGGUGUAUGAGAUGAACGCAAACUCUGGGAAGACUUGA